AUGAGCCUCUUGCAUCGGCUCCACGGCGCGCGCUGGUGCGCUUUACGGCAGCAGCGACGGCGGUGCAACGGUGUUCGUGGCGUGUUUGCAGCUGCCGCACUCGACCGCGGCGAGUUGGUGGUGUCGGUACCACUUCGCUACUGCUUCAUUACGCAGCUUGACCUUCCACGCGAUGGUGGCCGUUCCUCGUUGCCUUUGUUUGAAACCGCGAAGGAAGCGCGGCACCUGCGCCGCUGCAAUCGGGGCGUGGCGUUGUUUCCGGAGGCGUGGGUGUGGCUGCAGAGGUUCUUCGCUGACGCCCCCGCCGACCGCGUGUCUUUGAGCUCCACUAUCUCGUGCGAUGCGGCGCCGGGGAGCGUUGCUGCCGCGCCGGCCGUGAUGUCGCUUACUCUCUCCCCAGUCGAGGCCACCCUCGCUACCUGCGUGGCAUUGCGCUACUUCUACGCGCACGCACUACACCUUUCAGCGGCGACACGCGCUGCCCAUAAUGUAGGUCCAGCGCCACACGACUUGUCGGACCGGUUUACUGCCAGUCUGCCGUUCGAGGAGUACCUGCGGUGGGGACUGGAGUCUAUCUACAGCGACGCCUCCUCCGCUGAGGCACACCUGUGCCUCGAGCAGCUGUCCAGCAACCUACGUGACGCUAUCAUGACGCACGCCAACAAUGCGGAGUUCCGCUUCCUCGACGAAGCCCCGUCGUUGUUUGACACAGUGCUUCUGACAAGCCUGUACCUGGUGCGCGCCCGCGUACUACGGAUGCCGGUACUUUCCAGUACCUCGGACAAACCCGAUAUCAGCUGUAGUGUCUUUGCGCCGGGACUGGAUGCACUGAAUCACUGUGGCACGUCACCGGCCGCGGCGGUGGUGGUGUCGGCGGCGCGGCGCUCCGUUGUUGUGCGUGCACUGCGCCGCAUCAACCGCGGUGAGGAGAUCACGCUCGACUAUCGACUAACGGAUGUCGGCCGUGGAGUGAGCCGAAGGCAUCCGUCUCACAAUGACUCUCUCCCUCGAAGAGACGUCAUAUGCAUGAACGAUGAUUUGGCGGUGCGGUACCUCAUGGACGAACAGGGCUAA